GGUGGAGGUGUGGCCGGAGGAGGGUCAGUCUUUGGGCUUGAGCAUCGUGGGAGGUCGUCAUGUGAUCAAGCGUCUGAGGAACGGCGAGGAGCUGAAGGGGAUUUUCAUCAAACAGGUUUUAAAGAACAGUCCUGCUGCAAAGACUCAGUGUCUGAAGACCGGGGACAAGAUCCUGGAGGUGUCAGGUGUGGACCUGCGAGCUGCCAGUCACGAGGAGGCAGUCGGCGCCAUCAAGUCAGCUCCGAGCCCCGUCGUCUUCAUCGUCCAGAGCCUGUCAGCCACGCCACGGCCUGUGUCUCUAACCGCGUCCAGCUUCAGUAAACACAGAACAAAGAGGACAAAGUCUCCGCAACCAGGUGCAGCCCCGCCCCCUCCGAGACAGCCCCCGCCCUACAGACCUCCCAGCCAAUCAGAGCAGGAGCUGAGCUCUGACCUGCAGCAGGUCAAAGGACUUGUUUGAACCAGCAGUCCCUCCGUCCCGUCCGUAGACGUGUCACAGCAGAGUGGAGGACGUCUUUCUAAUUCUUCUUUAAAACCUUUUCUGUCUCUCUCUCUCUCGGUGGAGUUUUGGGUUUCCUCUCUCGCUGCCUCCCUCUGCUCUGGGUGCGUUUAGCUUGGUCUGGGUGCGUUUAGCUUGGUCUUGUCUGCUCUGGGUGCGUUUAGCUUGGUCUGGGUGCGUUUAGCUUGGUCUUGUCUGCUCUGGGUGCGUUUAGCUUGGGCUGGUUUGUUUUGGCACUCUCGGAGCGGGCGGACGGGGCUGUGAGGCUUUUUCUUGUUUUGGCUGCUGGUUGGAGGGUGUAGCUGUUUGUGGGAGGAGCUUAAGUGUUGACUGAAACUGAAUCAGCUGUUUGGUGAAAGUAAAUGUUCCUCUUCCUGACUUUCAUGAUCAUCUUUUAAAAUGUCACUGAAAUGAUUUGAAAUCCUUCUGAAGCUGAUUGCACCAACAUGGAGAAAACCUUUGAACCUGCUCCUUUAUCUUUCUUGGUUUGACGUCUCUGGAUCCAGAGAUGAAGGAGGUUAUUUUACUUAUAGCAUGAAGACUCUAAGCGUGACUCACACACACACACACACACACACACACACACACACACACACGCUGCAGAGAGAGAACAGGUUUUUAAAACAUUGAUGAAUACUUUUAAUGUUUAAGUGUUUAACUAUUAACUGUGUGAAAGAAUAAAGAUCCUCCUGUUGUGUUUGUUUUUAAAGACUUUAAAGUCGAGCUGCAGAAAAUGUUGAUCUAAAGCCCCGCUAAGUCCACAGAGCAUUUUUUCUGGGCAGUAAAGCGCUCGAAGUGCUGCACAUCCGUCCUGUCUCCAUGACAACAGUCUGUUGAUAACGCCAGCUGUAUGACUGACACUGCUCCGUUUCUUUUUACUGCAUGUUUUAUAUUUGAGAUCGUUUAUUUCCCGAUCAGAAACGGAGCGAGGAGGACGAGGGGACAAGACAAAACUACGGGGAAUAUCAAACAUGUUGAAAAGAGCGCCGGUGACGUCAACAUCGCUUUUCUAAAAAGUUGAACGAUUUUCAACUUGAGCUCUCAGAGUGGGAACACAAAAACAGCAGAGUCCUCGGAAAGAAGACACUGGGUGCUGCUCUUUCCCUCCAGGUGGACACCGUCUGCUGUGAACGCUCUCCACUCAUUGAAAACAAAUGAAAAAAGAUGCUGGCGCUCAGAAAGAACCGCUCGGUGGACACGGGGCUUUAAUCUUAAAUCUGAUGUUUUUGAGUUUGUGAAUCUGUUGAUUAAAACAGAAGAUGUGAUUAAAGUGCCAACAUGAAUCUCUUUAAUAAACUGUCCUCAUAAAAACCUUCA